AUGAAAGCAGGUCCAAUAGUGAUUCUAGCAUGUAUCUCCAACUUUGCCGCUCUCAUGAUUCUACGUUGUCUUUGCGAAAUAAUUGGACGAGCCAAGAAGAAGCAAACUAAACAUCAUGUAGCCAAGCAGACCGUCGCCGCUCCGACCACUCAACUAGCUGGCCAAGAAGACGUUGAAAGAGGCCGAGAAGGAACUGAUCAAACAGCUAAUGCUAAGGAGACUAGUACUGAUCAGAAUAAUAAGGAUAGUGGGAUGGUAAUUUUGGCAGGAGGUGGUGCUGCUGUGGUUCCGAGUAAGAGUAGUGCUGGUGGUGGGGGUGGUGGUGGUGGUGGCAGCACUUGUUCAGGAGGAUAUCUAGAACCACAUGGUGGCCGUGGUGGAGGUUGUGGCGGUGGUGGUGGUUUUGGUGGCGGAUGUGGGGGUGGGGGUGGGGAUUUUGGGGGUGGCUGUGGUGGACAUUAUUGGUGA